CCUCGCAUCAACAACAAACUACAAAACCUUGCCGAUCACAAUGGCUUCAUCACUUCAGAUUGCGUCAGUCCUGGGGUUACUCAGUGUACUGUUUACGUCAUCACUGGCGGCCUUGACCCCCCUCAGUCCUUGCCCCAACAACUUCUUCUACGACGCCUUGUAUGACCUUGGAGCCGGCACUGUGUGUAACAGCAAUCACGUGACCGUACAGGAGGCGCUUCUGGGAGAAGGAUGCAGCACCCGAGGUACCCUAAAGAUCUCCCUGGCCAGCGCCUCCCAGGACCCCGGCCGUCGGGCUGUCCUCAUCGAUCUUUUCUUCAACAACUCUCGGGGAUUUUCCUUCAACCUGGGAGACUCCAGGACCAACAACGGAUACGACGGUGACGCGGGCACGACCCAGUACGACACGGAGAUCCACACUGUGUCCAACAACGGUUUCCGCAUCUACCCCGGGGACAAAGUGGCCGCUGCCCAACAGACACCUACAACCGUCCUAAACGCCUUCAGCACUCGCCUGACGCUGAUCGUGAGAGACGGGAAAGUCCAGUGGGUCUCCGACACCGCCUUCAACUAUCUGGAAGGUUCUGGAAUCUUCGGCCUCAACGGACAGACUGAUGACGUAGAGGCCAGGGGUGUGGCCAACUAUGACCUUUACCUUGGCCUCAACAAAGUGGUGUAUGGUUGGAGCAGGAUGGGCUCGGGGCUCUGUAAGGCGGCCAUCAGGUUCCUCUGUGAUAACGAGGUACGGCAAGUGACGUCACGCAGAAGUGACAGACGCCAACCACGGCGGGAGAGAUUUUUCCCAAGACGUAUCCCCGCUAGGCGCGCUUUGGUUUAAUCUGCGGGCUCCACUCACUCGAUUAUCCACCGUAAAACAUCUACUCCAUCAAUCUGACUCAAUGGUGAGCGGUUUGGUGGUGGUUCUAUCAUGUUUGUUUUUACCUAUGUUCUUUCACCGGAGAUGUUGAAAAUACAAACCUUGAGUAAUUUUGUAAAAUGACGUUGCUUGUUGCUAUACUGCAGACAUUGCUUGAAUUGACAAUGAUGAAAGUAUAAUAUUAUACAUGUUCAAUUUGUUUUUUGGGUUAUUUUGUUGUUGUUUUGUUUUGUUUUGUUAUUUUGUUAGAACAAGAACAUCACAUGAAGUCCAAGAACGAGGACUUGUCUGUGGACUCUUGGAGCUCACUGCUUCUUUCUUUCCGAGCUGAGCUGGCAGAAAGAAUGUAACAGACGCUGUCUCGGGCAUUCGUAACGAUGUUUAAUCUUCUACUAUCAUGGUUCUUUGAAAGAGAAAUUGUAAAUUCUGACUUAUCGCUUAGAGUCCUGUGUGUAGUUGAUGGCCAUUACUAUCCUGACUAGAAACAGAUGCUCCCUUCAGAAAAGUAAAAUGUAAUGUGGGUUUGUUUGUAAUUUCUCUCCCCCCCCCCCCCCUCUUUUUUUUUUUAGCAGAACGACCAUUUUCUAUACAAUGUAUUGUCAAUGUGUCUGCAGUGAAAGGAGAAAAAAAAUGAGUUUCGAGUUGUGUUUGUAAUUUUCAUAAGUGCAAUGUUACUUCCUUGUUAACGUGCCUCUAUAACUUGUUGACCUAUCGUCUUUCAUGAUUUGAAAUUAAAAAUGUCUUUUCCAAAAGUUGAAA